AUUCCACUUCCUCUUUUUCUUUCUCUCUCUCUUUCUCCCCUUCCGUUAGUGCACGCAGUAGUGAUAGAGGACGGAGGAUGUUGGAUGAUAUCGUUGACGUCUUCGACAUGUGGCGGGUCGUCGACUUUGGCAGAGGAAGCGAAUGAAAGUGCCGAGUCCCUCCGACGAAGCGUGGGCCAACUUGGUCGACAUUGACAACACGACGACGCUGAUUGGCUCCCGUCGCCCACAAUCCCGAGGUAUUAGCAGCCGCCCCAGAAGCAAGGCCAAUCCAACCUUUCACACUCUGUCAACUGUCAACCGUCAACUGUCACAAUUGCUUCGCCUUUCACACUUCGCGAUCCUCCUCCGCUGAACCAGCACAAUCACAAUGGCCACCACGCGCGCCCUCGCUCGUCUUGCUACACGGCAGGCUGCCGUACGUCCCGCCACCUCUGUCUUCUCUCGUGGCCUCGCAUCCGUCGUCUCAGAGAGCAAGACGUCGACAACACCAGACCCCGCGCCAUCAAAGGAACCAAAGACCAAGACCUUCCACAUCUACCGAUGGAACCCUGACGAGCCCUCAUCCAAGCCGAGGAUGCAGUCCUACACUCUCGACCUGAACAAGACGGGCCCUAUGAUGUUGGAUGCGCUCAUCCGCAUCAAGAACGAGACCGACCCAACCCUGACCUUCCGAAGGAGUUGCCGUGAGGGAAUUUGCGGAAGUUGCGCAAUGAACAUUGACGGUGUCAACACUCUCGCAUGUCUUUGCCGUAUUCCUACCGACACAACCAAGGAGUCCCGGAUAUACCCUCUUCCACACAUGUACGUCGUCAAGGACCUCGUCCCUGACAUGACGCAAUUCUACAAGCAGUACCGAUCCGUCAAGCCAUACCUCCAGCGCGACACUCCCGCCCCCGAUGGUCGUGAAUACCGCCAAUCCAAGGCCGACCGCAAGAAGCUCGACGGUCUCUACGAAUGCAUUCUCUGCGCCUGCUGCUCGACCUCCUGCCCAUCGUACUGGUGGAACCAGGAGGAGUACCUCGGACCCGCCGUCCUCCUCCAAUCGUACCGCUGGAUCGCCGACUCCCGUGACGAGAGGAAGCCCGAACGUCUCGACGCCUUGAACAACAGCAUGAGCGUGUACCGAUGCCACACCAUUCUCAACUGCUCAAGGACGUGCCCCAAGGGCCUGAACCCCGCGCUCGCGAUCGCCGAGAUCAAGAAGAACAUGGCCUUCACAUAGAGCUUGUGAAUUGCAAUGAUCUAAAAAUUUGGGUUACCCCGGCAUGGGAGGAGUUCUUUUCUACUUUUUCUCUUCAAGUUUCUUUAUCGUCAAAGCUGAAUGCAUGAUGCUGGCAACCUUGCUUGCCCUUCGCUGUGUGUACGUACAUAUGUGUGUGUAUCUGUGUGUUUGCGAGUUGAACGAGUAUAUUCCCAUUUGCGUUCAGGUGUUAGCUUGAGCUCGGGGGUGAUACUACAGGUUUCUUCUUUUUUUUUCUUUUUAGGGCUGUACACUAUGCAGAGAGAUAGUUUGAGAAAUAAUGCAUUACAACCCCAA